AUGCUACAUGCAACAAUGAGACAUACAUUUAGUACAUCUAUACCGAAGAGGUUUUUUUCAUACACUACAAUCAAUUCUCAGAUCCAAUUGACAUUUUUCACCAAAGACAACUGCAUGUUAUGUUCAAACGCCAAAUUUAUAUUAUAUAAUGCAUUGAAAUCCUCAAAGCUUAAAAAUACACCUGUCAAGUUGACUACUAUAGAUAUAAUGGACCCUGAGAAUCAAGAAGCAUUUGACAAAUACUGUUAUGAUGUACCAGUGUUGCAUGUUGAUAGACCCACUCAGGACAAACCAGUUAAGUUUAUGCACUAUUUCUAUGCAGAUAAAUUGCUAGAGGAAUUUACAAAAUAA